AUGUACGGUCUGACAAGACUUUUCAUUUUGGGAUGUUGUCUUUCUUUAUGUUUCUCAGCUCCAUCAACUGAUAAAGUAACCGAUUUACCGGGAUUGACUUUCACUCCCGAUUUCAAUCACUAUUCUGGAUAUUUACAAGCUGCUUCUGACAAAUUUUUUCAUUAUUGGCUCACAGAAUCUUCUCGUGAUUCUUCCAAAGAUCCGCUGGUAUUGUGGCUUAAUGGUGGUCCAGGAUGUUCUAGUCUUGAUGGACUUAUUGAGGAAUUAGGACCAUUCCAUGUAAAGGAUAAUGGCCUCUCAAUUUAUUACAAUGAAUAUGCAUGGAACAAAUUUUCUAAUGUUUUAUUUUUGGAGUCACCAGCUGGAGUUGGGUUUUCAUACUCUACCAACUUCAAUUUGACAGUUUCUGACGAUCAAGUGUCUCUUCAGAACUAUAUGGCACUGCUGAACUUUCUUGUCAAAUUUCCAGAAUAUAAAGGACGAGAUUUCUGGAUUACUGGUGAAUCGUAUGCAGGAGUUUAUAUUCCAACAUUGGCUGUUCAUAUUUUGAAUGAUAAGGCUAACUUUCCAAAUUUCAAAGGAGUUGCAAUUGGUAAUGGAGCAUUGAACUUCCCAAAUAAUUACAACACGAUGGUUCCACUUUACUAUUAUCAUGCAUUAGUUCGCGAUGAUCUGUAUAAUGAUGUUGCUCAGAAUUGCUGCAAUAACAACAUUGGUACGUGUGACAUUUACAGCAAGUUCUUUGAUUCAGUUUGCAGAGAUAAAGUGAUCGAAAUUCUAGACGGUACCAAUGAACUAAACAUGUAUAACUUAUAUGAUGCUUGCUAUUAUAAUCCUACAACGAAUCUCAAAAAAGCUUUCAUUGAAAGACAGCUGAGAAGAGUCGUAGGAUUACCAGAGAGGAAACACAAUGCAGCUACAACUGCUCCACUAUGUGCUCAAACUAAUAACACAUUCAUUUACUUGAAUAGACCAGCCGUUCGCAAAAGUUUGCACAUUCCAAGCUCUCUUCCAGCUUGGCAAGAAUGCAGCGAUGAAGUCGGAAAUAACUAUGUUGUGACACAUUUCAAUGUAAUCCCCGAGUUUCAAACGAUGAUUGCAGCUGGUGUUAAGAUUCUUGUUUACAAUGGAGAUGUCGAUACUGCAUGUAAUUCAAUCAUGAAUCAACAGUUCUUGACGUCUCUCAACUUGACAGUUCUUGGUGAACAAGAGAUAGUGAACCAGGCCUGGCACUAUUCUGGUCAAACUGGUACUGCGGUAGCCGGUUUUCAGACGAAAUUUGCCGGAAAUGUUGACUUCUUGACUGUUCGCGGAAGUGGCCAUUUUGUUCCAGAGGACAAACCAAGAGAGUCCCAGCAGAUGCUUCACAAUUUCAUUAAUAAUCUGGAUUAUUCAACUCCUUUGAAUCUUUGA